AUGUCGGUUAAAUCAGAUGGAUUGCUCGAUGACGUUGGUGUUAAUAUGAUGGGAAUCAAAUCUGCAAAUCUAUACAAACUAUUAAAUACCAUUGUAGAUAAAAAAGACGUAACUAUUUUAACUGUAACCGAUCCAAAAGAUCUUUUCCCAGAUUUGAUCUAUCAUUUAACUACAGUGAUACCGAAUGAAUUAUUUCGUAGUCCACCUACAGCUUUUGUAGAUAAAGCAAUGAAACAAUUGGAAGACAUUGGAGAAUAUUUAAAGAAAAAAUUUAUGGAAAAGUCAGAAUAUCCAUUCACUAUUGUAAGGAUUUGUGAAUUAUGUUAUGAUCCAUUUAAAUAUUACAAAGUUUUUGAAUUGGAAAAAUUCACAAGAGCAAUCACAAGAUGUUGCUAUGUGACAUCGUAUUGGAACACUAGGGGUAGUAGUAGAGUGAAUGAAAUUGUAUUGCAUGAUGAGAGCAAUAAAAAAGAAAUAACAGAUGAUGUUGCUUUAACAAAAAUACCAUGGAUUACUAAGAGUAUGGAAGAAAAAUUGAUCCCAUUCGCAAAAUGCAUAGAUGAAAUAAUGAGCAUAAAUCUUGGAUUUGAUGAUGAUGAAGAAGAUGAUGAUAUUGACAUCGAAACAGACAAAAAUAAUUAUAGUGAUCCUCGACAAAACAUGAACAUGAAUUCGGAUGAUAUAAUGAUAGAAGAAUACUAUGAAGAAGAAGAUGGAAAAUAUGAUGACCUGGGAGAUGACAGAAAGGAUGUGGAUGAAGAUGAAGAUGAAGAUGAAGAUGACUUUGACUAUGUUGAAAAACCUGAAGACGAAGAGGAAUAUGACGAUGAUAAUGUAGAUGAAGAGGAAGAAAGGGAGUACAAUGACGCUAAUGAUAGCAAUGAAGCAGAUGAGAAUGAAAUUGAAAAUAGAGAUGAUAAUAACGAAUUUCAAGACAUGAAGGUGUCUUCUUAUAAGAGAAGAACGACUGAGGUAGAUGAUUUUGAUUACAAAAACGAGUCAGAUGGUUCUUUAGAAGAACAAAGCAUUACGCCAAAAAAAUUGAGACAGUAUAAUAUGAUAAUGAGCACAUCACCUAUGAUGAGUGUGAAUGCUCGAGGUACAAACAUACCUAAUGUAAACAUUGAAGAAAAAAACAUUCUUGUAUCGCCGGAUUCUCUUCAAUUGAGUGAUAAAGAUGAACUUACGAUAUCUAAAAAGAAGGAAUACAUUGAUAAUUAUGACAAUUCGAAUAAAAAUGAUAGCCCACUAACAAGUAAAGUGAGAAAAGCCUAA